AUGUCGCACACAAUACUUUUGGUGCAGCAGCAAGUAAAGAAGCCGGAGUCACGAGUUUGGGCGGACUACGAGACGUUGAAUCAGUGCCUCGAGGGCGUAUGUAAGAUAUACGAGGAGCAGCUUAAACAGCAGAACCCCACGGCGCCCACAAUCACUUACGACAUCUCACAACUCUUCAAGUUCAUUGAUCAACUGGCUGACCUCAGUUGCUUGGAGUUCCAUCCUGCCACUGGUACCUACGUGCCCCAUACCAAGGAUUGGAUCAAGGAGAACAUCUAUGCACUUCUACGUAAUCAGGCGGGUCAGUGA